AUAUGAGAUGCGACUUCAAAAUCACCAUGGAAACCAGUUAGAUUGAAAACCAUAGGUACCAUAAUACCCGUUCACCCGGUUCCGCAGUGGAGAAACAGCUCAAUAAAUGUGAAACUGAAACUGCUGGAUUAAUUGAAUUAUCAAUCAACAGGGAAAUAAUAUACAACAACUUUUAUUUUGACUUGAUUUCUCUUUAGUAUCUGAGUAUUUUUGAGGGCUCAUUGUUGUUGGAAGGGGGAAAAUGUGACUUCCACAACCACCUGGAAAGUUCCAGUAAACACAAAGUGUUAUGGCACGUUGUCAUGUGAACUGAUCUUUUCCGCACGUUUAAAAAGCAAAAGUAACAACAGAGUGAGUCACAGUUCAGGAACUCUACAGACGCCUCAUCUCUGUCUGUCUGUAAUUUACAUGUUUAAAGUGGAUUUUGAGCAGUUUAGUAACAUGUUUACAUUCUGGACUUUUAUUCUCUGUUUGACUUUCAUCGUCUGGACUCCGGUUGAAGGUCAGUCUGAGGUGAUUGGGUCAACUCAGCCAAUCAUCGCUUCUCCAGGUGAUGACGUCAUCCUGCCAUGUCACCUGGACCCUGAGUUCAACGUGAAGGGGCUGACGGUGGAGUGGUCGAAGCCCGAUCUGAAGCCUGACCCCUCAGAUCGGUUGAGUCGGGUCGCGUACGUCCAUCUUUACCGGGACAGACGCGAAGUCCCCGACAUGAAGAUCCCAGCGUACCUCAACAGGACGGAGCUGUUCACAGAUGAACUGGAGCGCGGAAACAUUUCACUCAAGAUCAUGAACGUGACGCUGGCAGAUGAAGGGAGAUACAGAUGUUUCAUCCCCAAGUUGGAGAGCAGAGUGCAGUUUGCAAUUGUUGAACUUGUUGUUGAAUCAAAGUCUGAUGAAACCUGGACAACAGAGACGCCGCUGCAUCUCCAAACUCCUGAUCCAACGGAUGAGACGGAUGUAGAAGGUGGUCGUCACAGUCGGAGAGCUCUGAUCUCAGGUUUGGCGAUUGGCUGCAUCUUACUAAUCUUCGGUGGUCUAGUUGGUGGAUAUUUAUUUAAACAAAGGCGUCAAAAAACAAAUCAUCCAAAGCAUGACAUCGUUGAAAGCAAAUCACCUUCAGUCUAGCUGACUUGCUCCAACGUACUUUACUGGCUGAUGUUAAAGGAGAUGAGAGCGUUAAACUCACCUGGAUCCUUCUGGGGAUUUAAACCGGACACAUGUGGACUCACUGGAUCAGCAUUAGGGGGGUUUCUACAGCAGAUACAAGUUUUCUUUGUCCACAGCUCACCUGAAGCUCCUAGAUGGAUCCUGGCUGGAGGAAUGCUGAUCCCCAAAGUGAAAAAAAGUGAUUUUUAAAAGCACCACCUGACUUAAAACUGACUUAAACCUUCCUGAAAACGAUUGAUUUAGAUCCACAGCCUGGAUAAGAACUGUGCCAGAACUCUUAAUCCACAUGAUAAGCAGCAGGAUCGCUUUGCAUUGAAAAACUCUGAACAUCUGUGGCAGCACUUUAAACUUUACACCUCGUCCAUCAUUUCCAACUUUAACCUUGUUGGUCGUUGGGCAACCAGAGGCGACCUCAAAGAGACCCACGAAUAAGAAGAGAAAGGUCUCAAUGCUUCAUAAACCUUUUCUUUAUCUUUUGGUUCUUAAUGUCCUUCUCUGGAGGAGGAUAAUUAUCAGAUUUAUUUUGUGUUGAACAGUCUUUUCAGGGACUUUCUUGCUUGUCAGAGAAAUACGAGUUAAAUAUGUUUUAAAUAUGAACUCACUCGAUGGAAGAAAGUCUUAUUAGCAACAAGCUUGGGAGGGAAAAUCAUCAAACUGCUGUAAAGUACCAAAAGACAUGAUUUAUUUCAAC